GUCUAUAAUUAGGUGAAGGGAGGGCUUGAGAGUCACACCUCUAUGGUGGUUUUAGGUGUCUUGAGGCACUAUCCAACACUAUAAAAGUGACACUGCAUGACUUUGUCUGUGACAAAAACCUGCUCAGGUACCAGCAAGACAGAAUGACUCUUUACCUCUGUCUCCCUCUGGUGGUUGUGCUCCUGCAUCCUGCUCUGUGUCUGUACAACUGCACCUCUGAGUAUGAGAGGACCCCAGACAACUCAGACCUGACAGUUGACUGUGGCACCAGUAUGAUCACCCUGGAGAUCAACCUGUGCACGGCUCAGUGGUCAGGCUUCAACACCACAGACCUGGCUCUGAACGGGAACCACAACAGGUCUGAGUGUCAGGGCACUGUCGACACCAGUGUGAACCCUCCAAUCAUCCGUUACCAGCUUCCUGUUAACCACAGUCAGGAUAACCCCUGUCGCCAGUCUCUGCAGAUCGUGGAUGAGGCCCCGGAUCCUACAGGUCCCUUCAGCAGUUUCCUAAGUAUCCAGUCAGUUAUCAUUACAGGGUACAUUGACACACCCAGAUCCGACCAGGGGGUGAUCAGCUACUCCACAGACCUCUACUAUCACUUCUCCUGCCGGUACCCACUGGAGUACCUGAUCAACAACACACAGAUUGUGGCCUCCUCAGUCUCGGUGGCAACCAGCGAUAAUAAUGGAACCUUCAUUGAUACAUUAAAAAUGGCUGUUUUUAAUGACUCUGACUAUGGCUACCCAUUAGUGGUACCUUCAACAGGACUUGAGCUACGAACCAGGAUCUAUGUGGAGGUCAAGGCUGUUAACCUCACAGGAAAUUUCUACAUACUGCUGGAUCACUGCUUUGGCACGCCCACCCCUUACAACUUGUCACAGAGCGAGCAGCACAACUUCUUCGCCGGCUGCUCAGUGGACCAAAGGACAUCUGUGACAACCAAUGGACUUUCCAAGGUUGCUCAGUUCAACUUUGAGGCCUUCCGCUUUGUUCAGCACCGUGAACAGGCGAAAUCCAGCAUCUAUCUGCACUGCAUACUGAGACUAUGUGAGCCCAGCAAAUGUCAAGAGCUGCUGUCUGCCUGUAAUAACAGAAGAAAAAGAUCUCUGACUCCCUUUGGAGAAGAAAGCAAAGAUUCAGCCACUGUUUCAAUUGGACCUCUUUACACUGCUCCAGAAGACAGGCCCUAUGCAGCUGCCUACAGUAAUGACAUGGCAUCAAAGGGGAAUGAUGUGAACGUGACGGGCCUGGUGGUUGGGGUGGUGUUCGGCUCUGCUGCUGCUGUCUUGCUGGUUCUGGGUGGCUGGUUUGUCCUGAAGAAGUUUUAUUGGGCAGGAGGAAUACCUUAUUCCUUUGACUGACCUUGUACCUCAUAAAAUCUGACAAUGUUGUGAUUUCUCAGU